AUGUACAUUUGCCUCAGGGCAUUGAAGACUAGUUUUAAAGCUGGAUGCAGAUCAGUAAUAGGGCUGGACGGUUGCCAUUUAAAGAGUCCUCAUGGUGGACAGCUCCUAACUGCAGUAGGAGUUGAUGCAAAUAACACCACCUGGGUAGUUGCAUAUGCCCAAGUUGAGAUGGAGAGCACAGACUCUUGGAAAUGGUUCUUAGAGUUGCUGGUCAAGGACUUAGACAUAGAGCAUGAGGGGGCUGGAUGGACUUUUAUCAGUGACAAGCAGAAAGGCCUCUUACCAGCCUUUGAGUCCAUUAUCCCCCUUGCAUACCAUCGCUUCUGUGUGCGACACCUUUGGACAAAUUUUACUAAGUUGUUUCCUGGUAAAGCCAAGAAGGACCAACUCUGGGCAACAGCAAAGUCAACCACCUUGGCGUAUUUUCACAAGGAAAUGGUUCUGAUCAAACAAAUGGACCCUAAGGCUUAUGAUUGGCUGACAGAUCCAAGAAGGCCUCCCCUUCACUGGUGUAGAGCACACUUCAAGACUCACAUUAAGUGUGAUAUUCUUCUGAAUAAUUUAUGUGAGAGCUUUAACACAUUCAUAUUAGGUGCAAGAGGCAAGCUUGUUGUGUCAAGCUUUGAGGAGAUGAGGGUUAAACUCAUGAAGAGGAUUAUGUUGAGGAAGGAAAAGAUGAUGAAGUAUGAGGUUACCAUCUGCCCUAAACCUCGAGGAAUUUUUGAAAAAAAAAAAAACAAAGUCAAAGCUGCCAGCGAUUGUGUCCCACAUGGUUCUGGAGGUCCACAAAUUGAAGUGGAAAGUUUUGGAGGAGGUAAGCAUGUUGUUGGUCUUGAAAGAAGGACUUGUGCAUGUCGGAGAUGGGACUUGAGUGGUAUACCAUGUAAACAUGGUGUUGUUGCAAUUAACUUCAUGAAGUUAGACCUGGAUGACUUUGUCGAUGAUUGUUACUUGAAAAAGACAUAUAUGGCUAAUUACAGCCACACCAUCAAGCCUGUUAACGGCAUGGAGUUGUGGCCCACUUCUGAAGAACCUACAAUCCUAUCCCCCCCCCAGUACACAAGACAACCUGGAAGGCCAAGGACAGCAAGGAUCAAGGAUGCAUCGAAGAGGGCUGAAAAUGGAGGUUCCAAGCUUGGCAGAGUUCAGAGAAGUUUGAGGUGUGAUAAUUGUGGUGUGGUUGGCCACAAUGAGAGAUCAUGUCAUAUGCAAUUGCCACCCAAGCCAAAAGCAACCAAUAUAAACAAGAGGAAGAUGAACAAUGAAGAGGCAGAAACAUCUGCAAAUCAGGGUACUGGUAAGAAAAAGGCUACCAAGACAAAGAAUGAGUUAAGGCAGAAGGCAAGGGAAAGGGCAGAAGUACUAAAGAAAAAAAGGGAUGAGAAGAAGGCUGCCACAGCUAGAGCUGCUCCUACAAAUGCAAGAGCUGCUCAUUCUGCAAAUGCAAGAGCUGUUGCUGCUUCAACCUCAAGAGAUGCUCCUGCUUCAAGCUCGAAAGCAACUGCUGCAAAAGAUCAUCAAAGAGGCUUAGAGAAAGUGGAAAAUAGAGUCAAAGCAUUUCAGAUUAGCAGGCCUUAG